AUGGUCUCGACUCGGAAGCCGCUGCUUACAUGCGUGAGCGUCGUGUGGCGUGAGCGACAGGAGACGUUGGGCUUCCUCCCGCAUGUGGCUGCUCUGAUCUCGGCGUACUUGGACAGCUCGCAGCUCUGGAACAUUCCGCAAGCUCUGGACUUUGGAUAUUUGCAUCUGUUGCAGCGACUUGACGCCACUUCACGACGUCUGCGACCGCUAUCAAACCGUAGUUGCUUUCUAUCGGCAGCACAACGAGGUGACCUUGCAUUGCUGCAAUGGUUAGCAGUGUAUGACCCUGACUUCAAGGGUUAUGGAGGAGUACUGGAUCACGCGGCAGAGCACGGUCAACUGGAACCGGCAAACGGACAUCUUAAAGUUGUGCAGUGGCUACAUGAUAACCGGAGUGAAGGGUGCUCUCAUCAUGCCAUCGAUGAAGCAGGAGCUAGAGGACACGUCGCAGUUGUCGAGUGGUUAGGCGCUCACCGUGACGAAGGGGAGACCAAGUAUGCCAUGAACUUUGCGGUAUGGUACGCUAAAGCCCAAAUGGUACAUUGGUUGUAUAAACACCGUAGCGAAGGAUGCAGUAUCCACGCCAUGGCACUGCUAGCCUCCGACGCAGAAGACAGCUCACCUCUAGUGAUGGACCACGCAGCGGAAUACGGACAUCUCGACGUGGUCCAGUGGCUGCAUAUGAACACGACGGGCGGUUGCACCACGGAUGCAAUGAAUGGCGCGGCACGUGGGGGAUACUUGGAGAUUGUAGAGUUUUUGCACGACCAUCGCUCUGAAGGAUGCACCAACAACGCGAUGGACGGCGCUGCACGAGGAGGCCACUUGCAAGUGGUAAAGUUCUUACAUGAACGUCGCCGCGAGGGCUGCUCGUACCUAGCAAAGGACUACGCGGCUGCCGAAGGUCAUCUGGACGUCGUCAAGUUCCUGCAUUCUCACCGCAGUGAAGGCUGCAGUCCCUGGGCAAUGAACUCCGCUGCAGGUGGUGGACAUCUCGAUGUUGUUGAGUUCUUACAUAUAAGCCGAAGUGAAGGCUGCACCGAGAGAGCGAUCGAUCGAGCGGCUGGUGGUGGAUAUCUUGCUAUUGUGCGGUUUCUUCACGAGAAUCGCUCCGAGGGAUGCACUACCGAGGCGAUGGAUGCGGCUUCUUGCUCUGGACAUUUGGAUGUCGUCUUGUUUCUUCACUUUAAUCGCAGUGAAGGGUGCACUCAGAACGCAAUGGACACUGCAGCCCGCUGUGGCCAUUUGGACGUUGUGAAGUGGCUACAUGAGCAUCGAUUUGAAGGCUGUUCGACGGAAGCAAUGGACGGUGCGGCUUGGUUCGGCCACUUAAAUGUCCUUCGCUUCUUGCAUGAACACUGCAUUGGAGGGUGCACUAGACGAGCGGUACGUGACGCGUUGAUCGGUGGUCAUGCGGAGGUGGCUCGGUGGCUUUUUGAAAAGUACCCGCGAUUUAGAACAAGUGCCGUGAAGUUUUAAGUAUGGAAGCUUAGCCAUGCUCCGGGGUGAAUAUUGCAAUUAAGACUUGGUAUUGUAAUCGACGUGUGCAGUACUUGA